CUCAGAAGUGUGUUGGUUUGUGGGAGGUUUUUGAGACCGCUGAGGGUCGUUGGCGUCUGUCGAACGGCUUGUGAAGUCUUGCUGCUUUGGGUAGGGGGUUAAAGUCGUUCUCGAGAGGAACGUCUCAGUCCGAAGAGAAAAUGAGUUUAGCUCUGAGAAAUGAGCUUGUCGUAGACAAAACAAAGAGGAAAAAAAGAAGAGAACUCUCUGAAGAACAGAAACAAGAAAUUAAAGAUGCUUUUGAACUAUUUGACACAGACAAAGAUGAAGCAAUAGAUUAUCAUGAAUUAAAGGUGGCAAUGAGAGCCUUGGGGUUUGACGUAAAAAAAGCUGAUGUACUGAAGAUUCUUAAAGAUUAUGACAGAGAAGCCACUGGGAAAAUAACCUUUGAGGAUUUCAAUGAAGUUGUGACAGACUGGAUAUUGGAAAGAGAUCCACAUGAAGAAAUACUGAAGGCAUUUAAACUAUUUGAUGAUGAUGAUUCUGGUAAAAUAAGCUUGAGGAAUUUGCGACGUGUUGCCAGAGAAUUGGGUGAAAACAUGAGUGAUGAAGAACUUCGGGCUAUGAUAGAAGAAUUUGAUAAAGAUGGUGAUGGAGAAAUAAAUCAAGAGGAAUUCAUUGCUAUUAUGACUGGUGACAUUUAAAGAAUUACAAGGAUAAACACUAAGAAUGUUGCAGUUGUCAUCUUAUAUUCUAUUUUUGUGCCUGGAGCCGUGUUAAAAAAAAAAAACUUUGUUUUUCUGAAAGGACCAAAAAUAAGCAUCUUAUGUAUUCAUAUUUUACUAUUGUUAAGUUUCUUUAUAUGAAUAGUAUUGUUAGUACUCUAAUAGCUUAGCUUUGUAGUUUAUAGUAUAGCUUUUAUAUAUAAAGUUUAAAACAUUGAAUCAUGUGGUACACAUUUUUUGAAGGUUUUAUAUUUAGCGUUCGUAGUCACUUUGGGUGCACAUGUUUUUCAGACUUUCUUUAAUAAAAUGUUUAUUUUUUCGUGUAUUAAAA